AUGACAAAAGAGGAGCUCCUCGAAGACUUGAAGGAACUGAGCAAGGCCAUUGAUGACAGGGACAAGUUCAUAAAGGAGCAAGAGGUUAUGUUGGGUAAGAGAGACGCUAUGAUCGCUGUCAGGAACCGUCGCAUCCGCGAGCUAAGGCAAGAGCUUACCGAUGAGACACGUUGGGCGGAAGCUGAGCUCAAAAAUGUUAAACGCAUGGAUCUAGAGGUGAACAACCUCGAAGCUCAUGUGGGCAACUUGAAGCGCGAAAAUGCAGACCUAUGGCGCGACAACCAGAACCUUCUGGAUCGAGCUCACGAUGCGGAGCGGGAAGCAGCCUUGCGGCAGCGCCGAGCUUGA